AUGACCAAGAAUGAUAGAGCAUCAAUUGUGGGAGACGCCAUUGCAUACAUCAAAGAGCUUCUAAGAACAGUUGAUACGCUUAAGAUUCUGGUGGAGAAGAAGAGAUGUGCCAGAGAAAGGAUCAAAAGGCAAAAGACAGAAGGUGAUGCAGGGGACGUAGAGAGUUCUAACAUGAAGCCUCUUGGUGAUCAAGACCAGACCUAUAAUGGGUCACCAUUAAGAAGCUCACGGCUUCAGAGGAAGUCCAAAAAUACCGAGGUUGAUGUUCGCAUCAUCGAUGAUGAUGUGACCAUCAAGCUCAUUCAGCAGAAGAGGAUCAAUUGUCUGCUAUUUGUGUCAAGGGCCCUCGAUGAGCUUCAGUUGGAUCUCCACCAUGUUGCCGGUGGGCUCAUCGGUGAUUGCUACAGUUUUCUGUUCAACACCAAGAUUUUUGAAGGUUCUUCUGUGUAUGCCAGUGCAAUUGCCAGCAAACUCAUUGAGGUUAUGGAUAGGCAGUAUGCAGCUAUUCCACCAACUAAUAGCUAUUAG